AUGCCCCCCGCCGCGGCGAAGGCGAAGGGAGGCGGAGGGAAAGCGCCGAGAGCGAAAGCGAUGUUCGAUUCCGACUCGGACGGCGACGACGACGCUUCUUCUUCGUCGUCGUCGUCGUCGUCGUCCUCGGACUCGGACUCCGCGUCGGACUCGAGCUCUUCCUCGAGCUCAGACGACGCGAAGCGCGGCGGCGCCAAGGACCCUAAGAGAGCGUCGAAAGAAUCGAAAGGUACUUCGAAGAACGUCCUCGGCGGCGACGACGUGCUGACGAUCAACGCCAAGUACGCCGCGCGAUUCGAGCACAACAAAAAGCGCGAGGAGAAGCAUCGCCUGGAGGAGAAGGUCAAGCGCGAGUACUUCCUUCCCACGGGCGCGGAGGGGGAGGACGACAGCGACGGCGACGACAGCGACAGCGACGACAGCGACGACGGAGACGUCCCGGGGAAGCUCGACGCGCAGUUCGCGCGCGCGCUCGUGCGGAUCAAGUCGAAAGACCCGUCGCUGUACGAGCCGGACACGGAGCUCUUCUCAUCGGACGCCGAGGAGUCCUCUUCGUCCGACGACGACGACGACGACGACGAGGACGACGAGAACAAGAAGAAGAAGAAAAAGAAAAAGAAAGAGAAGAAGCCGAAGAGGCAGACGCUCAGAGAGGUCGUCGCCGGGCAGCUCCUGGAGGGCGGCGCGAGGGCGUUCGAGGACGACGACGACGCCGCCGCGCCGAGGCGACCGAAUGAAAAAUCGUACGUCGAGGAGCAGGCGGACCUGAAGAAGGCGUUCAAAGACGCCGCGGACGGCGCCGACUCCGACGACGACGGCGGCAGCGGCAGCGACAGCGGCGGCGGGCUGCGCGUCAAGCGCCGCGCGGGCGCGAUGGACUCGGACGCGGACUCGGACGAGGACGCGAAAGCGGCGAAGGGCGCGCUGUGCGAAUACUUCGACGGGAAAGAGAAAGAAAACGACGGGAAAGGGGGCAUCUCGAAAGAGGACGCGUUCCUCAGAGACUACCUCCUGAACGAGAAGUGGAAAGAGAACGAGGACGCGAGAGAGGGCACGACGCUGAACUUCAUCGGCGGCGGCACCGGGGAGAGCUCCGAGGAGGAGGUGGAAGAGGCGGAGAAAUUCGAGCAGACGUAUAACUUUCGGUUCGAGGAGCCGGAGGGGGCGAAGAUCGUGUCGCACGCGCGCGUCAUCGAGGGCACCGUGCGAAGGGAGAAGACCGCGCGUCGGGAGAAGCGGAAGGAGCGCGAGGCGAGGAAACUGUCCGAGAAGGAGCGCUUAAAAGCGGAAGUUCGAAGGCUGAAGAACCUGAAGCGCGAGGAGAUUCAACAGAAGAUGGCGCAAAUCGCAAGCGUCGGCGGCUUGGCCGGCGCGGACGCGGUCGCCGCCGCGAACCUCACCGCGGAGUUCGACCCGGACGAGCACGAUAAACUCAUGCGCACGAUGUACGACGACGGGUACUACGGCGCGGGCGAGGGCGAGGACGGGGACGCGUUAGAGAAGCCGGAGUUUGGCGACCUGGACGACGAAGUCGGCGAGCUCUUAGGGAAGGGCGGGGACGAAGGGAAAGGCGCCGCGGCGGAGAACAACAGCGCGCAGUUUGAGAAACUGCGCGCCGCGCUCGCGGCGAGGAAGGACGGGUUUGAAGGCGACGACAUCGACGAUUACGACGACGACGACGACGACGACGACGACGACGACGACGACGACGACGACGGCGGAGAGAACGACGAAGAGAACGACGACGACGAGGCGCCAAACGCGGGGAAUAAAUUCAGCAAACGCGCGGCGAAACGCUGGCGGAAAGAGCUCACCGCGAAGAUGGACGAGUACUACGCCAUCGACGCGGAGGACUUCAUCGACGACAUCCCGUGCCGGUUCAAGUACAAGGAAGUCGCGGCGUCGAUGUACGGGUUGACGACGAAAGAGAUGCUCGCGAUGAGCGACAGGGAUUUGAACCAGAUCGUCUCUCUGAAGAAACUCGCGCCGUACCGCACGGACGCGGACGCGCCGCUGCAGGCGAAGGACAAGCACAGGAACCAGCGCAUGGCCCGGGAGUUUCUCGCGGAGGCGGCGAAGCGACGGAAGGGCGGGAAGAAGGGCGGGAAGAAGGGUGCGAAGAAAGGCGGCGACGACGACGACGGCGACGACGACGACGACGACGCGGCGGCGGCGGCGGCGGCGGAGGACCGCAAGGCGUCCUACGGCGCGCGCGCGUGGGGGAAGCACAACCUCAACAAGCGGAAGAAACCGACCGGCGACGCGGACGGCGGCGGCGGGGGCGGGGACGCCGGAGGCAAGGAAACGCAGAAAGAGGAACGCGUCGUCGGCGGUGGGAAAAACGCGGCGAAAAACGCGAAGAAAAGGGCGAAGAAGAAACAGCUGGAAGACGCGAAAGCCGCGGGAAUGGUCUAG